AUGUCUGUUAUAUACGACUUUACGGGUAAAGUAGUGUUAAUCACGGGCUCGAGUUCGGGCAUCGGUGCGGCCACUGCUGUCCAGUUCAGUAAAGCCGGCGCUCAAGUGGUGGUCACCGGACCUCCUGAUCGUCUACCCAUAGAUACGGCCAAAGAGUGUCUGAAAGUAUCGCCGAAAGGGUUGAAAGCACUGGAAGUGACGGCAGAUGUGACCAAACGGGAAGACAUGCGACGACUCGUCGAUCAGACUAUCAAACAUUUCGGUAAACUUGAUAUUCUCGUCAAUAACGCCGGCGCAGGACUUAAUGCCAGACCAACUGAUGAGGACUUUUACGAAAAAUACGAGAAAGUGAUGGCAAUUAAUCUCAAUUCUGUCGUCUAUUUAACGCAUAUUUGUGUCGAGUAUUUGGAGAAAACUAAAGGAAAUAUCAUUAAUAUUUCGAGUAUUGGCGGAAAGAAAGCCCAUUUAGAUUUUGCCCCGUAUUGUAUGGCAAAGUGUGCGGUGAAUAUGUUCACUAAAUGUAUGGCAGCCGAGUUGGGCCCUAAGCGCAUCCGGGUUAAUGCAAUUAGCCCGGGGCCGACGCGCACCGGUAUUGUUACAGCAAUGGGCGCAACACAGGCCGAGUCCGAUAAGUUUUUUGAUGCCUUCGCUAAAAUAAUGCCGGUCGGCCGCUGCGGCUUGCCUGAAGAUAUUGCUGGUAGUAUCCUAUACCUGGCCAGUGACCAUGCUGCUUUUGUCACCGGCACCAACCUUGUUUGUGAUGGCGGCUCCGUUGCCGCCAAUGCACUCAACACCGAUAGUCUUAAGACUUUUUAUUAA